UUUUUGACGUUCCUCUCAAGUAUUUUAUGGGAGUUUUUGUUGAUAAACAGAAUUACGGGCAAGGUUUAUUUACAUUAAUUCGUCUAAUAUUUUACACAAUGGCGGAUAAUAUUGUUAAGUUUAUAUAUAAAUAUAAUAAUCACGAAAACAAAGAAUGUGAAGCAAGUAUUAAUAUUGAGCUUCCUUUUGAACGUGGGGAUGAAUGUGUGGACGAGUUAGUUACACGCCUAUUAAAUGGCAUGGAUACAAUGCAGCGUUACCUGGAUGAACACGAAAAGGUAAAAACAGCACUGCGAAAGUUCAUAAUAAAUGCGAAUCAAAUUUAUUUGGAUAAGUUUGCCGAACGACUGUUUGAAAAUGCAGGGAAUAAUGAGCUGGACUUGGAAGCAGUGAUACGUAAAACGGAGCGGCAUUAUAAAGAGGAAAUAAUACAAUUCGCAGAUCGCAUUGGACCAAGCGACGAGGAUAUAUUCGCUCAAAGUUUCCAUCGGCUAGUACACUCAUCUUCGUUGGAAGAGAUUUUGAAACGUGAAAGAGCUUAUGCAAAAGUUAUUUCAGAUAUGAUUACUCUAAUGGAUGAAGAAGUUGAAACCCUUAACUCAACACAGCAAAAAGAAAUGGAUAAUAAAAUAAAACAAUUGGACAUAACCACUACAUCGGAUGAUAUAAAUAACCUUUUAGCACAACAAUACAGCACCCAAAAUUAUAUAAGACAACGCUACGAGUCUGAGUUACAAGCGAAACGAGGACAUCAACGCAAUGAAUAUCGAGAUUGGAUUACGUGCCAAGUGGGAAAAAUAUUUGAGACAUCUCCGGCGGCUACCCCAUUAGGAAAUCGCUCAUCUAUGUUUAUAUCACAGCAGCCGUCGAUGGAAGAGAGUUUCACAAUACAUUUAGGCUCUCAACUUAAGCACAUGCACAAUAUACGCAUAUUAAGUGCCGAUGUUACAGAUCUCUGCAGUCCACUGCAUAUUGAUGAAAGUUUAAAUGGCCUAAAUAUGGCAUUGGGCUUGUAUUCAAGUUCCCUUUGUGGUGUAGUUGUUCUUACACCGUCCAUCCAGGCACAGGCCAAUAGGAGUAUUAUUAAAAAUGCCAACAUGUCCACCGAGUUUCAUUUUGAACAGAUAGACAAUCAGCUGGAAAAGAUCGAAAAACAAAUAUGCAAUUUAAGUGUUAAUGAUUCCACGUCACCAAGUGUGAACAGCAAUAGUUCAGGCCCUGGAAAUAAUGAUAUACCGUUGAAUACAGGUACAGUUGGGUCUGGUAGUGCAGGAGGCUCUCCAACAAAAAUGGCCACCACAAAGCUAAAAACUGGUGAUUUCUUUAUUACCAAGCAUUCAAACCUUUCGCAAUCGCAUGUUAUUUUUCAUUUGAUUUCCGACGAACCCAUCAAUAGCCCUAGUGAGAUUAAUUCUCGCCAUCCCGUUAUAUUGGGUUUGCGUAAUAUAUUAAAGACAGCUAGCCGGCAUGAUGUUACGACGCUAACAAUUCCUGCGCUGAUGCGUCAUGAAAUGUCUGAGGAUAUGACAGUACAGUGGUGCAUGCGGAGGGCUGAGCUGGUGUUUAAGUGCGCCAAAGGCUUCAUGAUUGAAUCGGCGUCGUGGGGUGGUGCGGAACUGAGCACAUUACAAUUGCUUUUGCCACAUGAUAUUUCAGAGGAACUUUUUACCACAUUAGCCGGCAUGGUGCCAAAUGUAUUUCGAGUAGCCAAUCCUAAGAUACUUGUAGAUAGCAAUAAAUGAACUGUUUCUCAAUUUGUUGAAGUAUAAUUAAAACUAUAAAUAUGAAAUGAAUCAAUCAAUUGGA